GCACGGUACGCCUGGUUUGCGAAGAAGGCCGAAAGCCUCAGACAUGCAGCGGGCAGACUGAUGUGGCGGGCACUCGGUUCAACGCCAGGAAUACUGAUGGCACGGGUGAUGGAGUGGAAGAGGAUGGAUCAUGCGGUGGUCGAGAGAUUCGCAAAGGCAACUCUGUACAAAACGGGGUGGCGACUGGAGGACAAGGAUGCCAAAUGGCUCUCACA